UCUAACAUCUAAAUGAUGGCGCUCCUGAACUGUACGCGACGUUAAUCUGACUCAUCCAAUCUGUUACGUAUCAGCGCAUCAUGUGACGCCAUCUGCAGAGGUUCACGCGGGAAUCGUCCACUGUGAAGUGACAACAGCGCCUUUCUUCUUCGCCCAUUAUUUGCACUUUAAUUUCCCUUUUUUUCUCCACAAGUCGCAGCUGCGGUGAGGCAGGUGCUGCCAGGGUGAGAUGCUGAGCUCCAAGCUGCUGACUCUGGUGCUGGUGGUGCAGCCGAGCAGGGUGCUGCUGGGCAUGAAGAAGAGGGGCUUUGGGGUUGGGAGGUGGAACGGCUUUGGGGGCAAAGUUCAGCCUGGAGAAACCAUUGAGGAUGCUGCCAGGAGAGAGCUUCUGGAGGAAAGUGGCCUCACGGUGGAUGUGCUCGAGAAGAUUGGAAAUAUCAAAUUUGAGUUUGUCGGAGAAACUGAACUACUCGAUGUCCAUGUUUUCAGAGCUGAUGCCUACAACGGAGAACCGACAGAAUCAGAAGAAAUGCGGCCUCAGUGGUUUGAAUGUGACAAAAUUCCCUUCAGUCAGAUGUGGCCUGAUGAUAUCAUGUGGUUCCCUCUGCUGCUUCAGAAGAAGAAAUUUGUUGGAUACUUCAAGUUUCAGGGUCACGAUGUGAUUCUCAGCCACAAACUGGAGGAGGUGGAGGGGUUCUGAUGAGAAAUAAUCUGGCUGUUACUGAUGGCAAUUAUGUCUGGGACCAAAACAAAAAUGUUCAGCCUGCUAAGAUUUGAUGGUAAUUACUGGAGAAAACAAGCCACUGUUAGUGCUCUUUGUGGGAGUUGAAUGAGAACCUGUUUGGUUGGAGCAUUUACAUGUUAUAUGACUAAUUCUUCUUUUAAUGGUUUUCAAGCCAAUCAAAGCAGCAAUAUACUGAAAGGAAUGUCAAUUUUGUCAUUUUAUUUUUAGAAUAACUGAUUUAAGACAAUUCAGCAGACUUCUUCCAUGGAAUAUGUACAGUAUUUACAUUUCUGAUUUCAUUGGGUUUCGUAUUCUGUGCACCUUAAACUUCAUCCCCAAAUCAAGAUGUUUGCCAAAUGUGUUGCAUACUGUAUGUACAGUAUUAAAGUUUUUUUUUUUCAUAAAAUACAUGUGCACAUA